AGCGGGGCUCGCUCCCGGCGCCGCCAGGACCCCCCGGCCCGGCCCGGCCGCCCCCCGGGCUCUCUAUGCCGGCGCUGCCCCCUCCCCGCGCCGGGCCAUGGAGCACACCUACGGCGAGGUGAACCAGCUGGGCGGCGUCUUCGUGAACGGGCGCCCGCUGCCCAACGCCAUCCGCCUGCGGAUCGUGGAGCUGGCGCAGCUCGGCAUCCGGCCCUGCGACAUCAGCCGCCAGCUCCGCGUGUCGCACGGCUGCGUCAGCAAGAUCCUGGCCCGCUACCACGAGACGGGCUCCAUCCUGCCCGGGGCCAUCGGCGGCAGCAAGCCGCGGGUCACCACGCCGGCCGUGGUCAAGCACAUCCGCGACUACAAGCAGGGCGACCCCGGCAUCUUCGCCUGGGAGAUCCGCGACCGCCUGCUGGCCGACGGCGUGUGCGACAAGUACAACGUGCCCUCGGUCAGCUCCAUCAGCCGCAUCCUGCGCAACAAGAUCGGCCCGCUGGCCCCCGCCGGGCCGCCGCCGGCCCCGCUGCCCUGCGCGCACAUUUACCAGUACCCGUACCCGGGCCCCGCCGCGCCGCCGCCCGCCAAGGCCGCGCCGCACCCCGGGCCGCACCUCGGGGCGCCCCCGGUGCCGCUGCCCCGCUCCUGGCCCUCGGCGCACUCGGUCACCAACAUCCUGGGCAUCCGCACCUUCGUGGAGCAGGCGGGGGCUCUGGCUGGCGCCGAGGGGGCCGCGUACCCCCCAAAAAUGGAGGAGUGGCCCAGCGUGAACAGGAGCGGCUUUCCCGGGCCGGGCCAGGCGGUCAACGGGCUGGACAAGGCUGCCAUGGAGGGCGACAUCAAAUACCCGCAGCCCGGCGCGGGGCUCUCCUCCAUGGGCACCUUCCUGCCGGCCUGCGCGUACCCCCCCUCCAGCCAGCCCGGUGUCUACGGCGGCUCCCCCGGCGCCUACAUCGCCCCCGGUCCCCCCUGGCAGCCGCAGGGGACCCCCCUGGGCCACCACGGCCACGGCGAGCUGGCCAUGGCCUUCAAGCAGCCCGGCGGCGAAGGUGAGCGGGGACAGCGCGGGGACAGCGAGGGGACAGGGCCGGGAGGGACCCCCGACCUCGGGAGGCGCCGCCCCGCCGGCGAUGGGAGCGAUCCAUCCCGUUCCCCAGCCCGGCGUUCCGUGGCUCCCCGCCUCGUACCGGGUCUGCAUUGGGGUUUCCCCGCUCGCCCGCUGGGAAGCGCCAGGGAAUGGGGAGGAUUCCCGGGCUGCUCAUCCCCCCGGGAAUGUGGGAAUGUGGGGGACAGGGCAGGAGCCUUUCCCCGUGUUCGCCCGUUCCACCGAUUCCAAAAAGCGGGAGCCUUUCUGCAAAAGCAGAAGCCUUGACAGGGAAUCAUUCAUUCCUAGUAAUUACCUGUUAAUUAUUAACUGACAGCAAUGAUUUAACUGUUUGUUUAUAGUUAUUUGUUAUCAUAAUUAACUGUUAUUUUAUUUAAUUGGUUCCCGGGGUUAUUAAUGAAUUAUUUCCCUCCGAAAUCUCCGCCGGGAAUCCCACGGGAGCAAUUUGAGGUUGUCCGGGGGGGCGUUGCUUUUAUCUCCCGUUAAUUAUGUCGCCUCAUUAAUAGAGCUCGAUUCCCUCGUUUUAAAAAUCCCGAUUUUUCCGCCCUGGCUACAAAAUCCCCUUCGACAUUUUUGUCAUUUUCCCCGCAUUUUUUGACUUUCUAUUAUUUUAAUUAAUCCUUGUUUAU